UUCUUAUUUUGUAGCAUGAACAUGUGUGUUUACAUGAAAGAGCCUGUCCCUUUCUCGCCCGGAAGUUCAUAAUAUAGACCUAUAUAUCAUUAUCUAUUAGGCUACAGUCUCAUUAAAAAUUUGUAAGCAAUUCAAAUAUUUUUAUAAAUCGAAUAAGCAAAUAUUCAAAACGAUGAGUAAGUGAAAGCUUUGCGCUAACAAAAAUAAGUACUUAACAUAAGCAUCAAAACGUUAAACGUCAUCGUGAGUCGUAACAAUUGAUAUCGAUCAUAACUUGUGUAGCUACAGAGCGUUCUUAGAAUGCCCGGUAAAAAAGGAAUUUACAAGUAUGAAAAACUCUAUACAAACAUAAAAGUCAUUAAAAAGGGCAUCAAAAAGUAUAAAGCUCACAGAUUCCUGUGGGACACGACGCACCCCAAGUACUACUGCCAAAAAUGGCGUCUCGCAGCUUGGGAAGAGGUCAUGAAUGUUUGGAGAAAAUAUUACAAAAAAAUUACUUUAAAAUACGUCAAAAACAGGAUUUCGCAUAUGCGGUCAAAUUACACGCGACAGAGAAAGAAGGUUGAAUCCCAAUGGUUACUACACGGAAUAAGAUACAAGCCUAAGCUUUGGUACUAUGAUUUAAUGAGCUUUGUCGGGGAUCCAUUCAACACGAGUCACGCUGAUGACAUUGACGAGGUUAAAUUCGCUCAAAAACUCGAAGAGAAACAGAAUAAAAUUUUCACACGCCGCCGGGUGGUCGCAGCCGCUUCCAAAGGCUCCGUGGCGAAGGGGCGUGAAUUACGUGGCGUGAAUUUGCAACAUACGUGUUGUAUUCACGACGGUUACACAAUUGAACAAUGCGAAAGGAUGAAACGAAUGACACCGCAAACAUUUUCCCCAUUGGGAAGUUAUACUACACUUUUACGACCAGAAAUAAAACAAGAACGUACUGUCCUAUUUUUAAGAACGACAGUGAAUGAAAAUGACAAUAACCAAUUUCAUAAGUUAUUGUCUAGUUAUGUAAUUGAGAAUGAAGAAGUUACGGAGCUACCCCGUUCCAUAUUUGAUUUCUCUUUCGAUAAGAAAGAAUUAGAAAAUAUUGUAAAUGGACUGAGUCCGAUCAGUUUUGAGUGAAAAUGUAUAUAUUAUCAAAAUUACAUAAAACAAAGAGACUGAUGAUUUAGUUUGUGACUUGUUUUGUAUAUAGGGUGACUAACUUAUAUUUUUAUUCGACGUAUUCCACUAGAGACACAUUUCACUGAUGUAAUGAUAUUAUUUAAUUCAAUAUUAACCUCCCGAGAGGAAUACGUCGAAUUACAAGUCACCUUGUAUAAUUACACUAUACAUACAGUAUGCAGAUCAGUAAUAUUAUUAUUUAAAUGAAACUACAAGUAUUACUAGUCUACACAAGCAACUAAUACAACUAAUCAUUUCAACAAAAAUUAAAAUUAAAUUGAAUAAAUAAAAUAAAUAAUUAAAUUAAAUUCUGUAUAAACAGCUAUAUGUUCCUUGAUCACAGAAGAGCUGUAAUUGCUGCAGUUGCAAUGCCGUAUUUAUAAAGAAUUAGCUUAAAGAGAAAACGCAAUUUUUUGAAAUUAAGACAUAAGAAGUUUCCCAUACUGUAUAAUAUUCAGUUUUAAAUAUUGAUGUAAUAGACAUAAUGUAGUUUAAUAUUACACUUAUUCAAUAAUUAUCGAAACUUUAAUUUGGAAAUUAAUAAUUAUUUGAAUAAAUGCUUGUAAAACGUAAGAUAUACCCAUUGUUUGGUAUACCCAGGUAAAAUAGUUUGUAAUAACUACGGUAAUAUGAACCAGCCAAAGUAAUUCUUAAUAUUUACGUUUUAUUAUGUUAUUCGAGAAAAUGUAUGAUCACUUCACCACUCAUGUAAAAUUGACAAUUAUAUUCUUCUUAUUACUCGAAUGUUUAAUGUUUGAAGUUUCAGGUAUGUUUAAGAUUAAUUUCAAUGUGGGAGUGGCAUGCUUGGGCAUGAUUAGGCCGGCUCGACCGGAGUGUUACCACAGCCUCACAGAAAACAGACGUGAAACAACGCUCGUCUUGUGUUUCGUUUGAGUGAGGUUACCGGUGACCCAAUGACCCCAAUUACCCACUUCCCCCAAUUUCCGAAUCUUCAACAUUCUCCAAAUUCCUAACCCCUAAAAGAACGGCAACGGCAUCGUAGCACCUCUGGUAUUUCUGGUGUUUAUGUGCCGUUUGCUUAUCAUACACAGUGAUCCGUCUGCUCGUUUACCGACUUAUUUCCAUAAAAAAAUAUUUGGCUAGGUAAACUAUUUGUAAAUAAAACAAAGGUUUUUAUUUAAUUGUAAGUAUUUAUUUCUUUUGUUGAUAAAUUAAUACUACCGAGCUAUAUGUAAAUAACGUUACUAAAAACAACGACAAAUUUUAUUGGCUAUUCAAUGAAUUCUUGUUUAGUGUAGUGUUUUUAAUAACUGAAUGUUGAAGCCAAAAUAUUUAAACUUUUGAUGUUGUAAUAAUGUGUAAUAACUUAUGUGAUUCAAAAUAAAAUUUAAUGUGACUUAA